AUGGAGGACUGCACCAAGAAGUCGAGUGCUGGAGAGACAGACAAAGCGACGAGCGGUGCAAGCAGAAAAACCAUCCGAUGCUUCCUCUGUAAUAAGGUCGGCCACAAGGCAGAAAAUUGCAAGAACCGCCCGCCUACGUUCAAAAAGCUGACGUGCUGGAAUUGUGGAAGACCCGGGCAUCGAGCCGAGAAUUGUGGGACGAGACAAAACGAUCGACCUCAAGCGUCCUGCGUAUUAGCUGAGCAAAGCGACGGCAGUGCGGCCGAGUUUGAUGAAGCCUAUGUCACGCUUCAGAACGGCGCCAAGAUCCCAGUGAUCAACGCGGCCGUAGGACGAGCUCCAAAGUUUCUAGUGGAAAACAUGCCGGUAGUGGAGGGACGGCUAGGUGACCGCAAAAUAACGGUUUUGAGGGACACCGGUUGUAAUACGGUCGUUGUACGAAAGGAGAUGGUUCAGCCUGAGGAAUUUACCGGGCAGUCCAGUCCAGUCUAUCUGUUGGAUAGGACCGUGAGGUAUGUGCCGGAAGCGGAGAUCAGGGUGAGGACACCAUACUUCACCGGAAGGGUAAGGGCGAAGUGUAUUAGUAACCCGCUGUACGAUCUUGUGCUCGGUAACGUGCCGAUGGUGCGAGGCGUUAAUGAUCCGGACCCGAAGUGGAACGAAAUGGAGGAGGCAAGUCCAGCUGGAAAAUUGGACAGGCAGACGGCCAUAAAACAAAACCAGGAGACAAGCCAAGAAAAAAGUGCAGAACAAGCUCCCAAGGGCUCUUCCGAAUCAUUGCCGGAGAACACCCCAAGCUCGGGACAACGCGAGGACGAGCCCAUGCUCAUCGCGAACGCGACAGAGACAGGAAAGAACAAAGAUCAAUCCAAAGAGCCGCGAGCCGAACUGAGGGUACCGCAGGUUUCGCCACUGGAAGCGACAGCCGAAGAGAUGCUCAAGGAGCAAGAAAACGACAAGAGCCUCGAGAAAUGUUUCCACAACAUCGGUAAGACCUUUCCUAAGCAUGGAGGAAGAACUAAGCGAAAGUUCUUUAUAAGGAACAAGUUGUUGUAUAGGAGUGUCAUCUACAGCUCCGGAAGAAAAACGGAUCAGCUGGUGCUUCCCGAGAAGUUCAGACAAACCGUGGUAGCCCUGGCCCACGAUAGCAUAAUGUCGGGUCACCAGGGGAUAAACAACACGAUAGGGCUGGUCGCAGAAGAAUUUUUCUGGCCCGGAAUGCAGAGUGAGAUACGAAGAUACGUGCGAUCUUGCGACGUUUGCCAGCGCACCGUGCCUAAAGGAAGAGUGGGUAAGGCACCCUUGGGGACCAUGCCAACCAUAGCGACGCCCUUCCAAAGGAUUGCCAUAGACAUCAUUGGCCCCAUUACGCCGAAGUCGGAUUCGGGAAAGAGAUACAUCCUGACCAUGGUGGACGUUGCCACUCGCUACCCGGACGCGGUAGCUUUGCAAAGCACUGGUACCCCAGAGGUGGCGGAGGCGUUGAUGGACAUGUUCGCCCGAUAUGGCGUACCGGAAGAGAUCCUCAGUGAUCGAGGAUCAAAUUUUACAUCGGACCUUAUGAAGGAGGUGGGCCGACUGUUGUCAAUGAGACACCUCCUAACGACCCCCUACCAUCCUAUGUGCAACGGCCUUGUGGAGAGGUUCAAUGGCACAUUAAAACAAAUGCUCAGACGAAUGUGCCAGGAGAGACCUAAAGACUGGGACCGGUACUUGCCCGCUCUACUUUUUGCGUACCGAGAAGUACCACAGUCCAGCUUAAAAUUCUCUCCAUUCGAACUCUUGUAUGGGAGAAGAGUACGAGGACCGUUAGCCAUCCUAAGAGAAGUCUGGUCCAACGAAGCAAUGAAGAAAGAAACAAAGACUUCGUAUGGGUACGUUUUAGAGUUGAGGGAGAAGCUCGAAGAAACAUGUGAGCUGGCCCAUCGAUGUCUGGAGGUAGCGAAAGAGAAAUAUAAGGGAAAUUACGACCAUAAGCGGGUCAAACGUGAAAUGAAGGCUGGAGAUAGGGCGCUAAUACUUCUUCCAAGUGAUAACAACAAGAUGCUUAUGCAAUGGAAGGGCCCGUUUGAGGUCAUGGCCCGAAAAAACGAAGUAGAUUAUGAGCUUGAGAUUGGAGGAAGAAGCAAAAUAUUCCACGUGAACAUCCUUAAGAAGUACGAGGAGAGGGAAGAGAGCGAACAAGUCGGCUUACGCUGUAGGGUGGCCGUAAAAGUCGACGAGGAUAGCGACAUCAUCACCGAAGCAGGUGAGGACGAAGUUCCAAUGCUCUCCCUGACAAAACAGCAAGACAAACGAGACGUGGUAGUCCAUACCGAUUUAAACAGAGAGAAAAGACAACAAGUGUUUGACUUGAUCAGCGAAUACGAAGAGAUCUUUUCAGAUCUACCGGGAAGGACGAACUUGAUGACGUGCGACCUCCAGUUGACCACCCAAACGCCGGUACACAUCAAACAGUAUCCGCUACCAUUGAAAGUACAUAAGCUAGUGGAGGAAGAGAUCACCGCGAUGCUGAAGAUGGGGGUUAUCGAAAGAUCGACGUCACCGUAUAAUGCUCCUAUGGUAAUGACCGACCACCAGCCGCUUGAGUUCAUCAACAAGGCUAAACACAACAACAGUCGCAUCAUGAGGUGGAGUUUGAAGCUGCAGGACUACAGCUUCCACAUAGAGUACAUAAAAGGAAAAGAUAACGUCGGUGCCGAUUACUUGAGCCGGAUAUAA